GGUUCCAAACUAACCCAUAAGGCAAUGUCCACCGGCUGCCCAACCUCGCGAGUGUGGAUUCAGAGAACAGUGCGGGCCUGGGUUCGGACAUCAUGCCGGUCUGUAUCGACCACAUCAGCCAUCAACCGUGGACUGCGCGCCACCAAAUCCGCCGAGCGAGGGCGGCGAGAUGUUGGCGAAAGGUUCUCGAGGAUACAGAGGAGUGACCAUGCCAGGCCGACUCAACAACGCUCCUCUUUGACACGUGAGCCUCCGCGCUGGCAGCAGAGAGAUCGUAUAAAUCCAGGAUAUCGGCAACUCGCCAGCAAGGAAGCUGACCGAGCAAAUGCAUCAUCUCCAAGGCAGCGCUUCGUCGAAGGCCAACAAAGGAGCAAGACCGCCAGUCCCGCCCAACAGCGCUCCCCUUUUAAUCUUUCACGCUGGCAUCAGGCAGGACGCGAGAACGCGAGGAAGUUCGAAGCCGCCGAUGCGGAACCAGAUCGAUCUGAAGCCUCAUCCCCAAGGCAGCGUUUCACGAUACGCCGAGACCACCAACCAGGGAAAGAUAGCGCUACCGAUGGAUCGAAGGAGACGUCGCCCAAGCCCCGCUUCAAUGAAGUCAACGAGCAAGACUCGAUCAACGCCAUAUUUGCCCAACUCAAGCAACCACUGACUACACUGCGAUCUGGAAAUUCCAAUGAACGAAGCUUAUCGGAGGUCCGUCGACUGCUGCGGACAGUCAAUCAGAAGUUCAAGGCUGGAUCAUGGCUCAGCAAGCCUAUCCAUCGCGCCCUGACCGCCGAGUUCCCGUCCGAGCUAUGGGGCUGGCGCAAGGAAGCCGGCACAAUUCCGAGAUUGUGGUUCAACCGACCGGAGAGGAGCGUCCAGUUAAUCUUCGAAGAUGGCUCAUCGGACGAGAAGGUGUUGGUUGAUAUCAUGGAUGCCGAGGAGCGGAGCAAGCUCGUGCCAGCCGCAGGAGCCUCUGUUAAGAAAGAACCAGCAUCGGAGCAUGCAGCAGCAUCUGCAUCAGCCCGGCAAUCGUUGUCUAUUACUCGCACGCCUCGCGGUGAUCGAAUCAGCAUAGCUCGCUCGGAGAACGAGGAGGUCGACGACGAUAACCCCAUCUCCGUCCCGUACAGCAAUGCGGCCAGCACCUUUCUAUACGGCUUCAACGUGAUAUUCGCCGCUUUGCAAGGCCGGCGUCGCAAGCUGUACAAGCUCUACCUCCAGCCUCGAGUGACUACUCGUGAAGCACAGGGACGAUCCAUCGAGCGUCUGGCUCGCGAAACUGGCAUAUCAAUCGACAAAAACGUCAAUCCCAGACUUCUUGACCGCAUGUCCGAAGAACGAGCGCAUAACGGUGUCGUUCUGGAAGCCUCGAUCCCUCCUGCUCCACCUGUGUUGGCACUAGGCACUCCAAACCGCAGGUCCGGCGACGUUCCUCUCGUACUGAACUGGCAGAGUGCAGAGGAUGCCGCAGUGAACGGCGCACCUCAGUCUCUCCCCACCAAAGCAGACUCCUGGCGCCACCCAUUCAUCGUCAUGCUGGACGGCAUCACAGACCCCGGGAACGUCGGAUCCAUCCUGCGAACGUGCUACUUCUACGGCGUGGAUGCGGUCGCAUUCGCUACGAACACAUGCGCCAAAAUCAGCUCUCCGGCCCUCGCCAAGGCGGCUUCAGGGGCUUGCGAUGCCGCCCAGCUCCUAGCUUUGCCCAAGCCGAGUGGUUUCGUCUACGAGUCUGCGAAAGCCGGGUGGAAAGUCUACGCCGCGGUCGCCCCUGCAUCCUCUAGCACGUCAGAGGAUGGUGAUCACCCACAGCACUCAAGAACGCCACAUAUGAGCACCUCUCUGUUGGCUUCCUCCUCGCCCUUGUUGCACCAUCCUUGCAUUCUCAUCUUGGGAGCUGAGGGAGAAGGUCUGCGAGAGAAUUUGAAGAGACGAGCCGAUGCAUUUGUUUCGAUCGAAGGUGGACUGUCGGCCGGCGAUGGUCUAGAUGUUGGUAUCGAUAGUUUGAAUGUGUCCGCGGCUGCGAGUGUCUUGCUUGAGUCAUUCCUGCGCAAGCCGAAAGGCGCGCCGCCCAAGCAAGACACUACAGGCGAAUUGGGAUUCUAGAGGCUUGCUCCUCCUCACGCGCACGUCCUAGACGAUGGAACAAUGUGAUGAGUAU